GAGAGUCGUGUGGUUUUCUUCCACCCAUGGACGUUGGCUCUGUGAUGGUCCUUCUCUAAAGCUAUUCCACCACCACCACUGUUCUUGUAUUUCUUCUGCAUCUCUUGAGCCUCGGUUCUUCGAGACAGAGAGAGAAAAUAACCCAAGCUCACAGGUGACAUGGGGUUCUUCGCUCCAGUAGCACCUCCAUUUGUUCAUGGCUUGACAGGGGAGCAUGAGAACCACGGCAAGGUGGAAGAAGAUGACCAACGACAGCACAAGCUCUGUGCUAGGGGCCACUGGAGGCCAGCCGAGGACGCCAAGCUCAAGGAGCUCGUCUCCCAACAUGGCCCUCAACACUGGAACCUGAUCGCUGAGAAGAUAGCAGGAAGAACAGGGAAGAGCUGCCGGCUGAGGUGGUUCAACCAGCUGGAUCCAAGGAUCAACAAGAAGGCAUUCAGUGAGGAAGAAGAGGAGAGGCUGUUCGUUGCCCACAGGCUUUACGGCAACAGAUGGGCGCUGAUCGCCAGAAUCUUCCCUGGCAGGACCGACAAUGCGGUCAAGAACCAUUGGCAUGUGACCAUGGCCAGGAAGCAGAGGGAGCAGUGCAGUUGUGCUUACAGGAGGCGGCGGAAGCCAUUCCUCUCCUCCGCCCGCUCUCCCCCAUCUCAGCACUCCCUCCCCAACGUUGCAUGCAGUGGUGAGUCGACCAUCACCAGCACCAGAGAUGAGUCUGCUUCCGCUCGCGCAGACCUUUCCCUCGGUUCCUUCACCAGCAGCACUGGUCCUUCCAAUGGCAUGCUCAAUGGAUCUGAUGAAAGACUGGUGUCGGCAAACGACGGAUUCUGUGACAAGUUGGGUAAUUCUGGUGGUGGCUUUCUCCCUCAUGUCAAUCCUAUGCUGAUGCCGGUUCCUGGGUUUGGUCAGUCCGGCUGCACCUGUUCAACUCCAAGGGCCUCGGCAGCAGCUGAGCCACCAGCUUCCCACAAGACCUUGCCUCACGGUAAAACAGAUCAUGGAAGGAAGAACACUGAGUUGCCCUUUUUUGAUUUCCUAGGCGUGGGAGCAAGAUAAGGGUUCCAACACCCAAAGAAAGAGAGGUAGAGGUGAAGGUGACGUAGUUUCUGUCCAUUAAUGUAGCAGCCACAAAGCAUGUUGCGGAAGAACUUUGAUCCUGCGUUGUCUAUCCUUCUCAAGGUUGUCAAUAACCCGCAAGCUCUGAUCUCAACCUGUAGAUCAAACGAAAUGAGAUGAUGCUUCAUCCUAUAUAUGUACGGAGACUACGUGUAGAAAAAAGAAUCAUAAAAGACUUCAUCCA